AGGUGGGUUUUCCAGAGGACGUAGUCGCGUAGUUCAGGUGAUGUGUUGAUAAACCUCACAAAACCGUGGUGUGACACGCGGCCGCAGUUUGAUAAAGUGUCUCUUCCGUGGCUUCAAACGCCCACGCUGUCUCUGUUUCGCUUGAGUGCCACAGUGCUUUGAACCCUCUGCAAGGUGCUUCCUGUUUUCUAGACUCUCCUCUGAUUCUGCGUGAGGCAACAGCGCUGGUUCACGCUGGUCGGCCCAGAUGUGAUCGGAGAGAAGUCGGUUGUGGUCUCAGUCGCAGUUACUUCAACCCUCGUUUCACCCGGGUGCUUCUCGGCGGGGGUUGGGGGAAAAAAACGACAUGCUAAACGCCACUCUGGAGGACGGCGGCGCCGAGCGGGACAUGAGGAGCCCGGCGUACGCCGCCUUGUUCGGCUCGGUGGUGGCCCUGGGUCUGCCGUUCAACGCCGCGUCCUUGUGGAUCCUGGUGCGGCGCCACAGCCUCAAGUGCCCCUGCGUCAUCUUCAUGGUCAACCUGGCCGUGUCGGACCUGUUGCUCGUCGUCACCCUGUGCAUGAGGGUCUACUUCUACACCACGGGGGUCUGGCCUCUGGGCAACAUGGCGUGCGUCUGGACCACCAUGCUGUUCCGCAACAACAUCCGCUCCAGCUCCAUCUUCAUCACCUUCAUCAGCGUGGACCGACUGCUGGCGGUGGUCUACCCUCUGAGGUCCCGCCAUCGCCGGACGGCGUCCAACGCCUGCAGGGCCGCCGUGGUCGUUUGGCUCUUCGUGGUGGCGAUGAACGUGGAAGAGGGGCUAGAGUUCUCCGCAUUCCUCAAGGACUACAACGGGUCCAGCUGCUUCGAAUUCCGGGAGCAGCCUCCUCAAGGGUCGGUGAUGGCGUACUGUCAGCCCGUGCUGGUGCUCACCAUGCUGGCCGUCAACAUCGUGUCUACCGCUCUGGUGUCUCUGACCCUGCGCACGCGCUCGAAGGGCUCUGCCGGGAUCAAAAACAAGGUGAACGUCAUGCUGAUCUUCGCCAUGAACCUGGCGAUGUUUGCCGUGUUUUUCCUGCCCGUGUCGAUGGCGGUCUUCUUUAAAGAGGGCUGGAGCCGUUUCCGAACGCCGCUGAUUUGUCUCGCCAGCGUGAACUGCUGCCUGGACCCUCUGUUGUACUACUUCUCCUUCGACGGCUUCUGGAAGACAAAAGAGGACGUGGACACGAGUAACACGAGAGAGUAGACGGGGACAGUGUGCGUGAAUGCAGAAGUUUAUUUUGGGAAUACAAUUCUCAAUGUUUGGAUUCCGAGCGCCUCGUUUUAUUGAUGGUAACUUGGUCUGUGAGAAAGAGAAGGAGGGUUCUUCAACCCACGGGCUGCGCAGGCUGCAAAGUCUUGUUUCUCUUCCACUGAGCGUCUCCGUAUAGCCGCGUCCGCCACGACCUCCAUGUGCGUCCUCGUGCACCGGCCGGUCCAACCGGGGGGUUUACUCAUGAUCAAAUAACCUAAUGAACCUAAAAAAAUAAUCAUGCAUUCAUUCUGAAUUAGGUUGGAAAAUGUGACUUACAAAUGUUUAAUUAACUUUAGAUAAAUUUGUUUAUUGACAAAAGAUAAGUUGUUGUUUUUUUUGCAAAAUUGCUGUAUGACGUUUUCUAGUGUUUUAGUAUAAAAAUAAAACAUCUGAAACAUUUCUUGCAAGCAGCAAAUGGAAUUAAUGUGAAAGUCAAUAUAAUCAAUUAAUGAAUCAAAUUGUAUUAAUUCAAACAAAAUUAAACAGAGUUCAAAUGCGAA